UCGGGAGCGCGUAAAGCGCGUGUGCGUGUUACCUGGGAUUCUGAUGAGAGAAUGAAAUUAAAUCUAAAAUAAGAACCACCCCAAAAAAAAAGGUACAGGUAGAAGCCGCGAGAAGAGUGUUUCACCACUCGAGAACAAGGAUGGACAUGUUAGAUUGAAGCGAGUUUCCAUCCUCUGCUGAAGAAGUCAGCUAAACUUGCCAUAUUUUGUUUGGCUUUCAUCUCCACAGGCAGGCUUGCAGAGUGAUGGCAAUGCCAUUUGUCCCCGUUCCUGUGCCUAUCGAUAGUGCCUCGCCAGGUUCAAACCGAAGACGAAGCCAAAGAAGUUCUUCAUUUGGGAGCAUUUCCAGUAGCUCUUGUUCGUCAAAAGGCCAAGCUGAAGACCUCAGUGCAGACCACAAUAAGAAAAUGUGUGUUUCUGACCAGUAUGGCUCUUCUGUGCAGCAAUGCAAGAGUCCUUUAAUUAGAACUAAAAUGAAUGGAGUAGACGCCUCUGUGGAGUACUCCAGCUGUCCUAGUAGACAGAUUAGUGAAUCGGCCAGCUGGGACGAUAGACCAUCAACUCCCACUGUGCUAGGCUAUGAAGUCAUGGAAGAGAGAGCCAAGUUCACUGUUUACAAAAUCCUUGUACGAAAGUCCCCAGACGAGAGCUGGAUUGUCUUUCGAAGAUAUACAGACUUCUCACGGUUGAAUGAUAAGCUCAAGGAGAUGUUUCCUGGUUUUCGCCUUGCACUUCCUCCAAAGCGCUGGUUCAAGGACAAUUACAAUCCGGAUUUCCUGGAAGACAGGCAGCUAGGGUUACAGGCAUUCCUACAGAACCUGGUAGCGCAUAAAGACAUUGCAAACUGCAUUGCUGUACGAGAAUUUUUAUGCUUAGAUGACCCCCCAGGACCAUUUGACAGCUUGGAAGAAAGCCGGGCCUUUUGUGAGACUCUCGAAGAGACAAACUACAGACUCCAGAAAGAGCUCAUCGAGAAGCAGAAAGAAAUCGAAUCCCUCAAGAAAAUCCUGGAAGAAAAACAGCUGUACAUUGACGUUUUGGAGAACAGAAUCAAAGAAGAUCCGGUUACGCAAGAAAAUACCCGCAGGCCUUCUGGUGAAGAGAGUGAGUGCAGUGGGGAUGUGGAGUGUUCAGUGGCAGAGGCAGAUCAAGAAAUGCAAGUCGAGAACGGGCUUGAAUCAGCUGUUACGGAGCAAAAUUAUGCAGCUUGCUGGUGCGGCCCAAGCCUUGGAAGUUCUCCACCGGUGAUCGAAGUCGGACAAAUCGUGGAACCUACAGAGCAGAAGUAACGCACCUUUAGAAGAACUACAGGCGGACUUGAACCCGGAGUGGAACAUAACUCGGGGAAUUUAUAUCCCAGAUAACAUGCAAUUACAAGUGACAUUUGUUGACUCACUUAGCUGCUGUGGCUCCCUAAUCUUCUAGCUCGAUAUAUCCAGGCAUAUCACGAUAUAUCGAUAUAUCACGAUAUAGCGGCAGUUAACAUUCAGGCAUGUGCUUCCCGUUUGACUGGUUUAAACAGUUUUGGCGUAACAAUAAUGGUGACGGUUAACGUCUGUAACCUUCGCCAUGCUUUUAUAAACGAUCAUUUUCACAAAAAGAAAGCUUCUGCUAGUCUGUAAAUCACAUAAAACAUUUGCACUACAUGCUCCUCGGAAGUUUCGCAGAGACGAUUUUUCACUUCGUUAUUUUAGUAGGAUAGCAGUUUCGGUUUUCUUCACCACGUGCAAAAAAAGUCCUUCACUGUGAUUCUACUGCACGUCUUGCACUACACAAUCAACAGAAUACUCAGAUACUUGUUUGCUUUACCAAAUACAAAGUGUACCUUAAAAGCUCUUGCCGCCAAUAAGGGUAUUUGUAUUUUAUUUUUAUUUGUUUACACGUAGACCACCACGCAGGGUGUUUUAACUCGAUCGAAGAAUUUUCAUUUGCUUGGAAUAAAUAUUAACUUUCUGCAGUUGCGAAACAAAUUUCUUGUAUCUAUGCAUUUUUCUAAAAUUUAAAAAUGCUGGCGUAACAUGUAUGGAUUGUAUGCUAUUUAAAAUCCUGCCACCGUUCUGACAACAUCGUGUCGCUUGUUAGACUUUCAAUUUACGAUAACAAAGUUAAGACGAAGUAACAACGAUGGAUGACAAAACAAUUUAAAUGUGUACAAAAUUUUAAACAGGUCCUAUUAUAAGAGGAACGAAAAAUUAUUUGCCGCCAUCGAUUACAAAAAUAAGGAAAUGACCGCAACCGACGAAACGUGACAUUUUUGCGUCUUUUUUUUUAGCUUAUUUGCAUCUGGCGUUCUGCAAACAACACUGUCUUAUCGUAAAAAGCCAUAUUCAUUGUGAUGGUGCAAUAUCAGGCCGAGUACAGAUACAACGAAAAAAUGAGAACGAGAAUUGUGUGUUAGAAGUUUUAAAAAACAAAAAAAAUAUAUAUAUAUAUAUCUCAUAUUUCGCUCCCCAUAACGGGUUUAUCGAUUCCUAUCAUGCACUUUAAAUUUCACAGUAAGUUUUGUGCCAAGUCUCAUUGGCAGGGCUUUUAAAAAUCUCUCUCUCCUUCUAUAUAUAUAUUUAUCGAUAUUUGUGUGUGUGUGUUUUUACUGCUUUGAAAACAACGACAUAGUGCCUUUUUCUCCGUCGUUCUUUUCAUGCACUAUUUCCUGCUUUUCUUUUCCUACUUUAAAAAGUCUUUGCUUCUGUUACUGUCGACGUAAAACACAGUUUUGCAUUGAAUUUGAUAAGCCAUUUUUUUUAUCGUUAUUUUACAAUGUAAAUUGAGCAGUUCGUUAAUUUUUGACGCUAUCACCGUCUUCAUCAUUUUCUUUUUUUCUCGAAGCGUUAUACUAAGUUGAGUGUAAUGUAACGUUUCAACAACCGUGAUUAUUUUACUUUCUCUGGAAGAAAGAUUUGGUUACAGUUAAGGCUGACCUAACACAGUCCUCGAUACUUCUUGUCGUAAGUGAGCUUCUUUUGUGAAAGGCGUACACACACCCGUAGACGACAUUGUGCCUUUGCUUUCAGGAAAUGUUAGCAUAAGAUAUUUUAGCUUUGUUUAACUGCCAAAACACUGUUAGCAUUGCUGAUGACUCGUGAGAGAUUUGUAGAGCAAACCUCCGGAUUAAAUAGGGGAAGACGUGAAAAAAAUUGUAUUUCUGUUUGGGGAAAAAAAAAAACAAAUCAAUAAUCUUUAUACCAAGUAAAACCUUUUAAUAAAUGACUUGAAGGCGUUACCA